CUUGGAGGACGGUGAUGGUGGAGACUCAAUUGGUGAAUGCGAACCAGUUGUUUUGGGCACCAAGCGGCCCUCAGAUACAAAAUUUGAAGACCCUAUCAUGCCGAAGGUGAAGAAAAGUAUGGACGGGUCAGCUCAGCAUUUGAAGGCCAGCGAUUUCGAUGAUAUCACCAAGGAGAUUCUCACUACUGCAAUCACAAUUUUCCGGUGCCUGGUUGUCACUCGCGCACCAUUUCCAGACUCGAUCCUCAUCGAGACGAAGCUUGCUAAGGAGGCCUGGUGUGAAGCAUGCAGUGCCAAAGGGAUCAAUGUUCGACUAACACCUGGGUUAAUGAAAAUGAUCUUGAAGAGAACUUCUCAUGUCCGUGGUGAGCUAAAGACCAAGAUGCGAUCCCUGACAGGGUCAUUUUUUGGCUUUCGUGCGAAUAACAGUAGGGAAGUGAUUAGGUGCAAUCGUGAUUGUGCAGAAUCUCUCAAGGAGGGUUCACUGUUUGCUUACAAGGACUGGGAGUUGAAGCAGGGAAUCUACAAGACGGACUUGUUACAAAUGGGUGUCAAUCACAUGUGGUUUGCGAACCGCAAUGAUAAGGGCAUCAUUUACCACCAGUACUUCAACCCUUUUCCUGUCAAAACAAUGGCACUCUUGCUGGCGUCUAUUGAAUGUUGCAUUGACGAGUGGGGUACAGGUAUUAAAGAAGAUGUCAAGUUCUCGGCAGCAAAUUAUGCGUCUGUCUACAACACCCAUCUUGACUCCUUGCAGCGCUUUGAGGAACACACGGCCCCCUACAAACUCCUCGAAAAAAUCCGUGUCAAUCUGCAUGAUGCAGCUAGGUUUCAUGCAGGUGUAGACUUCCUCCUCACGUCAUCAACUGGGUCCCGCGUGACUGAGGAAGCAUUCGAUGAUGCUCUUCUGGAGUAUGAGCAGGAGUUGCAGGACAAGGAGGAGGAGGAACGGGACGAGAGGGAUGGGACAGAGGCUCAGGGAGAAUAAGUAAUUCACUACUAUCGAAAUAUAAUGC